AUGAUUCAAAGAAUGAAGUUGGCAAAUCAAGUGACCCUCACCACCAUCAUAUACAACAACGAUACAUUAUCCAAGGAUAUGUAUUAUUAUUUCGAAGGUGUUGUUGAUAGAAUUGAAAAUAAAUUAUCUUUGUGGUACGAUGCAUGUAUAAAAGGUUCCACUUCUGUUUUCAAAACCAAAGAUACAACAAAUUGCAACAAAUGCAAAGAGGAAAAUGUUGAAACUAAUCCUAGAGUUGUUUUGAAUAUCGUCCAUGGAUCAUUCAAUGCAACCAUAACUAUGUUUGAGGAAGACGCUACUGCAUUCAUUGGUUGCACAGUUCUUGAAUACAUAAAAUCUGUUGAGGAGGUCCAAAAUAUGGGGCCCUACCAUCCAGUGACUCUAAUAGUAGUGGCCAACGCCAAGCUCUGCCUGAACUCUAUGUUUCGUUGGUCCCUCUGCCAGAACAAGACGACAACAUACCAAGAAUUCCUCGUGCGAGCCCAACAAUCAUUGUCGAGGAAUCCAUAA